GCGAAUGUUUAUGGAAACGAUUUAGAUUACAAUUUCGAUGCCCCAAAGGCCAGCAUGUUUCCUCGUUUCGCUUGGAUCUUGGUGGCGAUUUUUGUUGUUAGGACCCAACAGAGUGACGAUGAAAACUCUCCGGCCUAUUUGGCCGAGCAUGGAUGGCACUGCUACGACAGAAAGCUUACACCUGGCGAGCGUUUAACGGAGAGGGCGCCAUGCCUAAAAUUCGUCCGUCCCGUGGAAGGACAUGGCGUCAUCCCUUCCCUUGCAGAUCACUUCCAGUUUGAAAUCUAUGUUACUCCACGUGCAAGUGAUCUUCCGCCGGUGCCCAUCCACAUCGAAUGGUUUGAGUUGCACGAAGGGAGCACCGGGGAAGCUAGCAAACUGAGAGAAAUUCAAGAGUGCCGGAACCGCCUAAUUUGCAACGCCAAGAUCCGCCAAGUUGACCCGCAUCAGACGCUGUACCCAUUCCGUGUCUCAGUCGGCUACCAUGGACGAGACGAAGUGGUAUCAGAAGACAUUCUUCUGGAGGUUAAAAAUAACGAAAAAGAUUUUUUUGAGAAUGAGCUAUCCAACUCAAAGCUUCCAUCAUUUCUACAGUCGGCUUCAGUCCUCAACCGAGAGCAAAAGCCAGUCCCGUACCCUUGGGACCGUCAAAAUGUCCAGGUUCCCCCUGAAAUGCCCCCAAGGAUGUAUAACACCCGCGCAUUCCACCCGAGAGUCCCGAAUUAUCGAGACGUUGGAGUCCCAGACCGUCCGGUCCCAAGGCGCCCUGUUUUAUCCCAUGGGUAUUACCAUCCCGACGCACCGGUAUACUUGGAGGCUGACGACCAGAAACCAAACGGCGGGGCGUUGAAUUCGUUAUCCAAUCGAAAUUAUGCCCUCACGCCAGGCGAUGGAGAUAACAUGAAUUUCAUCCAAGAAACUUCUUCCCCACUUCGGCCUUCCACAGACAUAGGUCGUGCAGCCCGCAGAACGAAGAUUUCCCCCGUCAAUCGCCAUGUGCUCUUGUCGACAAACAAUGAAGACUACCUGGAUUUUGGCUCUGACGAUCGCCAAAUGCCAGGGGAGCUGUCUCCUCAUUACGGGCAAUUAGCUGAUGAUUACUAUGAUGUGGCUGACUUCCCAGUUGCUGAGACUAGAGCAAAUUCUGACCGUACCCGUGGUGACCAAUUAAAGCUCCUAAGUUUGCCCCGUUUUCACAGCAAAUCACAAGCGGACUCAUUCGUCGCCACUGGAAACACUCUCGAAAGACAUGGGGUCAGUAAGAAGCUCAGCCCAGGGGAGACUACUCCGCGGCCCAUGCUUGAGCAUCGCGACGUGCAAACCCUCUCCAAGGGCCUGGACGACGUGCGGACAAACGUCACCAAGAUACUUGACCUCCUGUCAAACAGCAAAAUGCAAAGGGACACGAAGUCCAAGAGGAGGGGUACUGGCGGGAAUCCCAAAUUAACGGACAGAACGUCGAACAGCUAUCAACAGCACAUUGCUUAAUCAACUCGAAAAGAUAGCACACGAGCUUCGAGAUCAGAGCUGCAGACACUUGUUGAAGACUUACAACGAUUUCCACGACCGCGUGCAAUCCAAGAGAAACCUUACAGCACAGGACUUAAAGGCUGUUACAACGUCAGCAAUAGUCGAGGACGAGACAGAUAAUGAGCAAAAGGAAGAAUAUGAUCCCCACACAGACAAAGACAACGGCUCUUCUGUCAGGCCAUCAGGGGUGAAUGGCGCCCGCAGACGCCUUUUAAGUGUUCCAAGUGACAGAGACUUAGAGAAGGACUUUCUGACAAUGUGGAAGGCCGUUGGGUUAGAAGAAGACAACGCAUUUCCGAAUCGCUUUCGCAGAAGAAAGGUGAAGCCGAAUUCCAGCAGCAGCGUGGACACUCCCAAAGGAGGGACACAAAAAGAUGCAGCUCUUCAUUUGCCGUCUGAUGACGAAGAUCAAAGUUGGGGGUUCCACGCAUCUGAACCUAGUUCAGACAGUGAUCUCCAAACCGAGUACAUGACGAUCUUAACCCCUGAGCCGGGAGUUUUACUCCGUCAAGAUUUAGUUCUGAUUCAUCCCGCAUCAGUGCAGGAAGAUGGACGGUUUGAAAAAGAUCCAAAGUUAGAAUCGGGUGUGAAGUCGGAGCUGAUUCCUGAGGACGAUCUCCAAAUGAAGGUGAUUGUGACCCCUGAGCCGGAGGUGUUUCUGAGGCAAGACCUCGUCGUAGUGCACCCGACACAAACUUCAGAGGAGGGUCAACGUGAAAACGAAGCAAACUUACAGAUGGAGGUGAAGGAGAUCGUCACUCCUGAGCCAGGCAUUGUUCUCAGGCAGGAUUUAGUCUUGGUCCAUUCCGACUCUGGCAGUGUUUCACCUGGUCACAAUCAAAAACAACCACCAGACUUGUAUCUGGAACCAUUUCCCCAACUAGAGAACGAGGGGGAGCACCGAAUAGUCCUGAAGCCAACUGCCACUGCUACAAGUCGUCCUUCACGAGACUCUGUACUCGAAAUAGAAUACGACGAUUCAGAUAUUUUCGACGGUGGUACACGAGUUGAACAGCCAGCCUCAGCACUGCCCCCUGAAAUGCAGAAUCCUCGCUUUCCGGAAUGGGGAUUUGAAGCAGACUACGGUGAUACAAAUAUGAACAAUACAGACAUUUUCGAUAGUGGUACGCAAGUUUUUCAACCAACCCCAACAGCGCUCCUUGAAAUGCAGAGUAGACCUACCCACUAUCCAGAUUUGGAAUUCGAAACCGACUACGCCCACACGAACAUGAAUAAUACAGACAUGUUCGAUGGUGGUGUACACAUUUUUCAGCCAACACCAAGAGCACUCCCCGAGAUGCCGAGUCCCCAUUAUCCGGAUUCGGAAUUCGAAACUGAAUACGAUGAUGCGAGUAUGGGUGAUGCAUACAUUUUCGAUGGUGGCACGCGCGUUUUUCAGCCAACACAAACAGCGCUCCUUGAAACGCGGAGUCCCCGCUUCCGAAAUUUGGAAUUAAAAGCAACUGUAAAGCCAAACCCCAGAAGUCAGCAGCCGUUCAAAAUUUAUGAAAAACCAUUUCCGUAUAUAAGCCCCGUAUCAUCAAGUCGGCAGAACCAACAAAAUGUUGAAAUUCAAGUCUCCAAAGAUUCCCCCGACACGGACAACGUCAAAAAGUCACCAAAAGUCGACAUUAAACGUAUCGAUAAUCGCGACCAUGAAUUGGUUAAUGUAUCCAUCACUGGAAAGAUUGAGGCAAACAACUUGAAAUACUUGCCAGCAAUUACGGACCUUUUUGCAGCGGAAGACGUUUCCACUAGGCUGGCAAACCACGUACCACUCCCUGCUGACAGCCGUAGAAACAAUUUUGUCAUAAUUAAUCAGGAAGAUCACGGUAUCCACAUAGGAAAUCAUGACUACAAGUCCGGUAUCGUCGACCCAUCGAACGUCACCUCGUCUGAUGGAAAGGGCAUGAAGGAAGGAGCUAUUCCCGGCCUGCUUGUAAAGCUUUUCGGCGGUCACCGGCACCGAAAGAAGCCAUUUCAGCGGGGACAGGCUAGAAAAGCAGCAAUUCGGAUCCACAUCGACGAUGAGUAUGGAGUACUUAAUGCUCACAAGGAAACCGAAGCACAAAAUGGCAGCGGGGGCCGUGGGCUACAUCACGAGAGGAUGCAACGUGUGACUGCUCAGACUUUCAAAGGUGAAGAUGGCGAUUUUGAUGCGAACGAGGAGGAUGAUACAGAUGAUUUAGAUUUUGAUACUAAUGAUUAUUCUGAAGAUGAUGACAAAAUGAACGAAUAUACGGAUGAACAUAACUCAUUUGAUAUGACGAAAGUUGGACGAGGCCGUAGAUAUCUUGGAGACCAUGAAGGUAGAAUAUGGAGUCCCGAACGAGAAAGUGCUAGCAUCUGGAAGCAGACGCAUGGAGAAAAUAUGGAGUCACGUAGCCAACUUAAAGAUACCACCAUUACACCGGACCGAAUGGAGGGACAACAAAAGAGCCGAGAAAGCAAUAAUCAGAUGAAGAGACGGGCAAAUGAAGAUACUAACCGGCACCUUGCAAUUGACGGCAACAAAGAGCGAACGAGACACCGGUUACGACGAGAGGACCCGGAGUAUGACCCCACUUUGGCAUAUCAAACCAACGCUGAGACGGCUUCUUCCGAGUGGGCCGAUUGGAGUAGCUGGGGUUCCUGCUCCGUGACCUGUGGCAAAGGCGUCAGCCUCCGUCAGAGAAUCUGCUUGCCGGAGAAUAUAGACGACCACUGCACAGGAAGCAGCGAGGAGAGUGCAGAGUGUGUCGCUGAUGCUUGUUCAGAAGAGGAGAAAAGUGAAGAAAUUACCCGGGAGGAGGGUCAUAGCACGGAGGUUGAGUGCAACUUUGACCCCAGCAAGACACCAAAGGAGAUCUACUGGAUCAGUCCGACAGGAGAAAAGAUAACUAAGGACAGCGCUGCCUUCAGUGAAAAGUUCAAGAUUACGGGCAGUAAGCUCAUCGUUCGCGGCGUGCAGAGCUCAGAUGAAGGCAUCUACCACUGUGUGGUCAUCAUGGAUGAUGAUUCCAGCGAGACGGCAGACGCUAAGAUCAAUGUACUAACUUGCAAGUCCAACCCAUGUAAGAAUGGUGGCUCCUGUAUCGAGCACGAAGGCGGUAGCGGCCUGCUGUUUACUUGUGUUUGCCCAGUGGAAUUUGUGGGCCACACCUGCGAACGAGUCUCUCCCCUCUUCAUUGGCGAUACGUCCAUGGCAAUAAUAGCUCUCUGCAUUCUUGUCGCUGUCAUAUUUGGCGUCUACCUCUUCCUGAGGAAAAGAAAACCAGCAGAAGCAGAAGUACCGCAAUCUGGUGGCUCCCCUACUGCAGUCAUACAAAUGGACGCUGUCCCGGCAGACAAGCCUCUACUCGACGAUGCAGAAAUCGAUUUGUUCAGGGAAAUCUCGAGAGAAGAGUUUAAAAACUUCAAGUCGUCCCAUUCGUACAGUUUGUUCAAAGGCCAGAAGACGAAAAGGUCCCAAGCAACUAUAGAAACCAAGGAGAUUGAUGAGCAAGUUGCAGAAGCUGACAGAAAAAGUCACGGGGCACUUCACGAGAGACCACCACAUACUGGCUCGGAGGAGAGCCAAUCAACCGUCGAUGAGAAGUCACCAGCUGAUGUUAUAUUGAAAAGGAAGUCGAGUAAACAUGUUGCAUCUUCCCAAACUGAAGUUGUAGAAACGCCAAGAAAGAAGUCUUCUGCUGAGUCAAUUUCUCUUCCACCGUCUCCAUCACCGGCGAUUGAACCAGUGGAACAGCAGCGGUCUACCCACAUUGCACUCUCAGGCCACGGAAAAUCAAGCGCAGAAGACAUACUCUCAUUGGCAGAAUACCAGGAGAGUAAACCCAAACCAGGGAGUGCAUCCGGACUCCUGUCAAGUCCCAUCCCGGUUCCUCAACUUGCGAUGCAGAAACGGCUGUCACUGGUUAACAGCAAGACAAAGUCACCCGGUAGUUCGAUCUCCGGUGGCUCCGCUGUCUCACGUUCGUCCACAUCUAGGGUCAAAAGGUCACUAUUUGAUGUCAACCAAUCGGAACACCGCUUGAGCCGCCAUUCAGUGACGUAUGAUGAGGACAGGGAAACAAUUAUGGAUGCUGUCUCCAGGGAAACUGCAUCACAUCCAAGCCAUUACAGCCACACAAAGACUAACUCUCCCAGAAUGCUAUCAAGAAGUAGUUCCCCAUUCACGAGUAGUCACACAGCUCCCUUGAUUGUCAAAUCCUCGUCUGGGAAACUCAGAGCUGUCACGUACGAAGAACAAAGUCAGCAGCGGAGACCUCUCCUGGAGUCACCCCCACCAGUCAGUUUUCCUGGGGGAAAGCGCAGCUCUCUGUACAGUUCUCAUUCCUUGCCCCUUGACACAGGCGCAGUUCAGGAAUCCCACGCUUGGAUCCCGAUCUCAGAAUCCACAGCAUACGAAGCCCCAGUCAGACAACUAAACACCCCAUUGACAUCUGGAAGCCUCAUCAGGGAAUCAACUCUCCCUCGGUCAUCAGCAGAUUCCCUCAGUUCCCACCACCUGGCCAUCCAACAAGAGGAACAGCAAAAAUCUUCCACUGCCUCCACAGAGGCUAUUUCAAGGCAUUCAGUGCAUGACCUGGAGCCUUCCACUGAUUUGGUUGUUGAGGAAAAACAACCCGAACUUGCCAAGAGUUCGUCAGGGGAGGCAGCAUACUCUUAUGCAAAUGUGCAGGUGCAUCAACAUCCAAAAUAUGAGAGUCUCUCUGGGAUCUCCACUAGUAAAAUCUCAGGCACUGGAUUCUCAGCAACAUCAGGCAUCUGCACAGCCCCAAUUAUUGUGAAGUCAUCGUCUGGAAAUCUCCGUGCCAUUGUGUCUGAGGAUCACCACCAGCAGAGAAGACCAACUCUGCCUGGUUCACCUGUUUCGGUAUCUCCUAGAGUCCAUAGCUCAGUCUUUAGCAAUGACAUACCCAGGGUGGGUUCAGUGUCCCACUCGUCACUUGCCUCGGCAAAGCAGUCCAGAGAUGCAUUGGAAACGCCAACCAAGGACCCAGUCAUCACUGCAUCUGGGGAAGAGCACGCCCAAGUUGGCCAGAUCAGACGCCAGUCAAAAUUUGGUUACCCAGCCUACACUCGGAAGUUCUCGUUACCCUCUGACUCGCACCCACCUGUGGUUGAUAUAGCACAGAAGCCAUCUUCCCACCCGAGUACAGAAUCUGCUAAGGUUGAUGUAAUGCAAAAAAUAUCUUCUGAAGGUAGCUACUUGUCUCGUGAAUCUUUCACCAGCUCACACAGCGUCGUCUUGACAGCGAAAGAGAUUUCAAAGGUUUUCUCUGGGCACUCCCCGUCAUUUGUCACUGAGGAACACAGCACCUCGAUUGUCGGUACAGAGGAGCUUGUGUUAAAGUCUGCUUCACGGGCAGACCAGGAGAAUCUCAUUGAUGCAUCUUCCUAUUACACUGCAGUGGGAGCUCUUAGCAUCACCAGCACUGCAGUUGCCAAACAGGAAACCCCAGGUCUCACAAUUGAUUCACACUCACAGCUCAAGAUGGAUGAUACCAAAGAUGUGGAUGCGGCAACUAUGGCAACCUCUCAUCAUUGGCGACCACUUCCAGAAUUUGACAGCACAACAGAGGAAAGCAAAAUUAACUCUGGACACCACCAAGUAGAUGCAUCUCGUGCUGAGGACACUGAGGACAAAGCAACCGUACUUGCAUCGACGACCCCAACACCUGCUUCUACUGCAGCCGUUACAUCCUCCAAAGAUGAGCUCAGGCACUCUAGUUGGGUACCACUGUGUGCGGAUGAAGACACAGACGUUGACUCUACCCUCGUUCAGAGAGAAGGUGAGCUCGGCCAGGGAGUAGACAUCCACAAUGGAAAUUCCAAUAGAGAAAAACGGACAGCAGACUCUGAUCAGUGGGAACAAAAUACAUCUCAAAGUCGUCGUGGUUCCAAAUUCGGGUACUCGGGCUACGUUGAUAGGUUUUCGCACCUUGUUGAAAGCUCACCAGGGGUACCAGCUAGUAGCCACACACUUGGGGAGCAUGAAGCGGAAGAAGACCAGCUUGAUGAAGAUGAUGAAGAUGAGGCUGAUGAGCUGCCGUUUGAUGAUGCUCGUGAGGGGAUCUCAGAUAGAGAAGAUUUAGACAGUGGCACUGAGUACAUGUAGAUCCCUCUAACAAGGAAAGAAGGAUUUAAUGAUUUGGGGAUCAGGGACUGUCACAGCUAAAAACUUCAAUAUGUGCAAGCACAUACACCCGUAGAGAGCAGAGAAAUCAUUAACGGUAGAUCGCCAAAACCAAAAAACC